AUGCCGGCAAUCACACGGUUCUUCCGAGAAAACCUCGUCAUCCUCCCCAGGGCGGACCGGCCCCCGCCACGUCCGCGUGGUCAAAAGGUUACGCCCGAGGAGCUGCGGCGGCUGCGCGAGCUGAUGCGGCAGCGGUACGCGCUGGACCUGGAGAUCUGGAGUCUGCGCAAAGUGGGCAACUACAACAAACCCAUCGUCGAGGACAAGAUGCGCCGCGCCGACGCCUUGCUGGCCUGCAUCCGCGCCACCGUCGCCUCCAUGGACGGCCGCGACUACUUCCACCACGAGGACGACUACCGCAAGCUGCGCGACAUCAAGGCCCGCGUCAUGAAGGAUGGAAAGAAGGAGUGGGUGCAGAACCCCCCCUGGAAUGAGGACUGA